GAACAUUGACCCGACUCAGCAUGAAGAAGAGUGCAGUGAACUUUCCUGUGUGGACGGCCUGUUCCGAACCGAACCUGUUACACGACUGCGCUGAAAGGGGAGAACAACGCAGGAAAAAGUCCGUGAAAUGUUCGGUUCAGAUUUUCUACAUUUGACGGAGACUUAAGGAAAUUGAAGAAAGAAGGUUUACAACCUCCCCCUCCCCAACUUCCUGCCCCUUCUUUGAACCCCCCCCUCCUCCAGCCAUGACAGAGGUUACUGUCGUCAGAGAGGGCUGGCUCCACAAGAGGGGUGAAUAUAUUAAGACAUGGAGGCCACGGUAUUUCAUCUUGAAAAGUGAUGGUUCCUUUAUUGGUUACAAAGAGAAGCCGGAUCUUGGAGACUCGACUUCCCCCCCACUCAACAACUUUUCAGUGGCAGAGUGUCAAAUAAUGAAGACUGAAAGACCCCGACCCAACACCUUUGUUAUCCGUUGCUUACAAUGGACCACCGUCAUUGAACGUACCUUUCAUGUGGAAAGUAACGUGGAGAGGGAGGAGUGGAUGCAGGCCAUUCAGUCCGUGGCAAACGGUUUGAAGAUGCGGGAACAGGAGGAGGAGCCUAUGGAUAUGUUCAGCUCCCCCUGUGAAAGCAGCCUGGAGGAGAUGGAAGUGGUGAUGUCCAAGAGCCGCAACAAAGUGACAAUGAAUGAUUUUGAGUACCUGAAGCUUCUUGGUAAAGGCACGUUUGGAAAGGUGAUUCUGGUCAAAGAGAAGUCCACUGGGGUCCAUUAUGCCAUGAAAAUAUUACGUAAAAUGGUUAUAAUAGCUAAGGAUGAGGUGGCCCACACGGUUACAGAGAGCAGGGUGCUACAGAACACCAGACACCCGUUUCUCACGACACUGAAAUAUGCCUUCCAAACCAACGACCGUCUCUGUUUUGUAAUGGAAUAUGCCAAUGGAGGCGAGCUGUUCUUCCAUCUAUCGAGGGAUCGCGUGUUCACAGAGGACCGCGCACGCUUCUAUGGUGCAGAAAUCGUGUCAGCACUCGAGUACCUGCAUUCAAGAGAUGUUGUCUAUCGUGAUCUUAAGCUUGAAAAUCUGAUGCUGGACAAAGACGGACACAUAAAAAUAACCGACUUUGGUCUCUGUAAAGAAGGGAUCACUCCUGAUGCCACCAUGAAAACCUUCUGUGGGACUCCUGAGUAUCUCGCACCUGAGGUCCUGGAAGAUAAUGACUACGGCCGCGCUGUGGACUGGUGGGGUCUUGGUGUUGUCAUGUAUGAAAUGAUGUGUGGCCGCCUGCCGUUUUACAACCAGGACCAUGAGCGUCUGUUUGAGCUCAUUCUCAUGGAGGAGAUCCGCUUCCCCAGAAAUCUUUCUCCCGAAGCCAAGUCCCUGUUAGCUGGUCUGCUCAAGAAAGACCCCAAACAGAGAUUAGGUGGAGGUCCCAACGAUGCCAAAGAAGUAAUGAACCAUCGAUUUUUUAUUAACAUCAACUGGCAAGAUGUGGUCCAAAAGAAGUUGACCCCACCCUUCAAACCACAGGUCACAUCAGAGACAGACACCAGAUACUUUGAUGAGGAGUUCACCGCUCAGACCAUCACUGUCACCCCUCCAGACAAAUAUCACGCUCUAGAUUGCAACGAUCCCAUCCAGGAAGCCCAUUUCCCCCAGUUCUCCUAUUCCGCCAGCAUACGAGAGUGAACCGCACCAGUUUCCGUCUCACACACAGACACACUCAUCCCUCAUGCAGACCAUAGCCAAAUUUUGCACAGCCAUAAAAUAAUCGGUGUCUCUGUGAUUGGAGGAUUGGGGUUCAGGGACGAUGUCUGUGCCUUUUAUUCAGUUUUCCAUAACGCAUCCAUGUGGACUCAGCUCCGGUCAGACAAAACGCUGUCUGUGACCCAAUCAGGUGGUCCAUAAGAACCUGCUGCUGGAUAUCAACGGUUUUAUAUGCUCUAUCACGGGAUCUGCAUGUGGAUUAUGUGUAGAGCGGGUUGCCAGCUGUGAACCAAGAUGGAGGAAGCCGCCUCUGACAUUUUUCUUGUGUGUGUUUAAGAAAUGUAUCUUUUUCUUUUUUUUAGUAACUGGGCAUCAGUUACUGAAUGUUGAGUAACUGAACAUUCAGCUGAAUGUGGUGGUUUCAGAGCACAUCAGGAAAAACAAAGUAUUGAUUUUUUUAAGGAAUACUGGAAUGUGACACUGCUCUCUCUCACAAGCUGCAUGAAUGAAAACAGCAAUUCUAUCUGUGCUCUCUGUCAGUGUUGUCCUGUAGUCUGUGGAAAGACGUUCAUCCACAGCCCGUGCUGCUUUAAAGCAAGGACUUUCAAAAGAUAGUUUACACUACUCUAUGUUUUAAUCCCAACUUUCGAGCGACACAUUUUAGAUGUUGCAGGUGAAAGCCCCAAAUCCGAGGCACAUCUGAAGAUCCAAGGAGCUCCUCGCCUGGUGGGAAAGUCAGACCAAAACAACCCUUUAGAAGAGCUGGAAGGUUUAAUGUAGACCUUUCUUUCUGGGUAUCAGCAGCCAACUUCACAUGUAGCUCCAUCUUAUCAAGCCAGCUCAACUUCCAUCAUCCUUACAAUAAAAAUAAGUUGUAGAACAUCAACUUUUAAAACAUAUUUUUCAAUGUUUCAUUUCAACAUCGCACCAGUUGGCAGCUUCAUUUCUUUUUUAAUUUACUGUUGAUUUAGGUCAGAGUCCGCACUGCAUGUGGUUGCUAAUUUUAUUCUUCGUUUAAACCGUUUUAAAAUUUAUUUUUGUUCUCGAAACACAUGCUGGGAGAGGAAAUGAUUACAUGAAAGACACCUAUGGCACCAAGGCGCCCAACAACACGGCAAAGCAUUCUGUGCGAGCUGCCCGUGGAUCUGCACAUGGCAGACAGUGCAGGCUUUUCUGCGUUGACGAGUUGAGUCUCGACAAGUGUCGAGUGAUGGCGCCAUUUUUCUCAGGAUACUUUCAUAACAAGGUCAAACUGCCCUCCCAGUGCCUGAGGAUAUCAGAUAUUUGCUUGGUACUUGGAUGUGUGAGCAUUUUUGGAAAGCGUUGGGAGCUGGACGCCGCCAGAGAGCCGUUCACCAACGCGCACACAAAGCGGCUCAGACCGCUGUGGCGUCUGAUCAUCAAGUGGAGAUGAAGGUGGGACACGCCACCAGCUCGCUCUUCAACAGAUUCUUUUGUUCUGCUGACGUUACUUUUUUAAACAUUUGAUCACAUCUUGUCCUUUUUUGAGACCUAAAGAUGUUCCGAAUGAGUGAAAGCAAUGGAGAUGUUCCUAUAUACAUGAUUAUUCAAGCUGUUAAUUUUUAUUUUGUCAAAGAAUGUAAUUCUAAAAAAAAAAACCAAUGCAAUAAAUGUGUGUCUUUAAAA